UCAGCUUGAUGAGAUGUCGGCAGCUGAAGAAAAUCUAUAUUGUUACAAAUCUACAUUUUCCACAGUCGCCAAUGGAAGCGAUUUUUGGAACAGCAAAGUGAUAGUCAGCCUAAAAUCACAGAGUUUGGUCAGUAAACGAGGUUGCUGCAGACCUCCAAACUUCUUUUGUCCUUCAGAUCAGCUCUGGAAGUGAAUAGAAAUAUUUACUGAACAUGUAUCAAGGAAAACCUUAGACCACCAAGAGUGAUGCUAGACUCCGGAGAGCGGUGGAGCUGCAGUAUGUAGAGAGGAAUCAGGCCUUUCUGUCUGGCAAAACAAUGGAUGAGCUUUUGAGAUGUUAAUCAGUUGCUCCCAGUUGUAAAACUGGCAUUCACAUACGUCCCCAUGGAUACGUCCCCAUUGACCUGGGGACAUUUCCUGCCACCAUGUUUUCGUCACUGGCAGAUGAAAACAUAGCGGCAUAGUCCAUGGCAUGGAGAUGAUGCUGGCCGAGUGUGAAAAAUGCCGGUAGGCAGUGUGAGAGAGUACGAACUUCCUGCAAUCGCGUGACUGUUUGGCUUUGGGUUAGGUUUGGGAGAGGCAGACCAACACAUUUUUAAAUAAUGAAAUGAAUGCUGCAGCUCAUUGAUACACACUAAAUUCUUAAAUGCAUAUGUAUAAAAACUGUUGGGAACAUAAAACUGAGUAGGAGAGUCGAGAGUUUGUAAAUACGGAGGCCGUUAGUCCAUAUUUGUCUGGGAUCCAACUCUUGACCUUUGGACCUUUGCAACAUGUCUUUUCUUCUUCUCUCUAUGUCCAUUUCCUGUCCGAUUACUUUCGCUGCAGGUCACUAGUGCCACAAAAUCUUAAACCAAAGUGUAAAUCGGUCACAAUUACUAUUACAACAUUCUUUGGGAGAAGCAGAGAAACCAAAAAGAAGUUUCAAAUCCUGACCUCUGAGAUUCAGCAAGGGUAAGAGACAAAAAAAAAGAAAAAAAUCUAUGCUUUCAAACUCAAAGUGAGAAAACAGAAAGCUCUCAAGUGUGUUUGUGGAUCAAUGUGAAAUUGAACUUUGAGCUACUCGUGAGUCAGAGCGUAAGGAUGAAGAGGUGAAUGUGGUGCCCAGAAUCCUCCUCCCUGUGUGUUUCCCUCUGAAUUUUUUUUUUUAAGCAGAAGAAAGAAGUGCAAAAUUGCCUUCUUGUGUUGUGUUUUUCCUCCAGCGUUUCCCAGCCCCCCCUCCAAACAGCCACUAAACUGGUUAUUAGUCGACUGCAAACAGUUGCAGCCCUAACCUGCAGCUGACAUCUCCGCGGGCAGAGUGCUGACUCUGCCCGCGGUCCAACCUCUUCUAAAACGCCCCGCGAUGCUAUGAUCCCGUCUUCAGAAAGUCUGUUGAAUUAAUAACGGAGCCUAGAAUGGAGCUGGAAGCUGGUGGGAUGUCAGCAAAAAAAACAACAACAAAAAAAAAACACACCUCUUCUCCUGCUCCUCUCAAGGGUAAAGACAAUCCUCUGCUAAUAUGUAGCAGAAUUUAUUUACCUUAGCUGCACCUCUGCUGUGUUUGACUUUGUCAAUUUUUGUGCUUCUCUUAAAGGCAAAUUGACACUUUGGUUAAAAAAAAACAAAAACAAAAUAAUCCUUUGCCCUUUUUACGUAGUUCAUAUAUAAAGAAAAUCCAGGGUACAAUACACUGCAAGUCAAUGAACCAAUAUUUUUACAAUAAACCUUACAAACAACUUUUUCAGUGUUGCAUUUCAAAUUCUAUUCAGUUUAGUCUGUGUGGUCUUGUAGAGACGCUACGAGUAAUCAGUAUGCUACGUGCAGUAGCUCUCUCUCCUAAUGUAUUUAUUUGACGAAACAUGAUAGAUUUCCAGCUGACAGCUGGUCAGAGGGGAGUCAAGUCAUAACUCAACUAGAUUAAAUGUGGCUUCACUUUUAUAGCGCUUUUCCAACAGCGGUGAAACUCAAAGUGCUGAAAGCAAAAAGAUGAUUUUACAAAAACCAGAAAGUACAUAAAAAUGACAAAACAAUAAAAAUGUAUAAAAGUUAGCAAAAGGUUGUUUAAAAAAAAAAAAAAUCCUGUUUACUUAAAAUCACAGGAAACAGUUUUUUUUUUUUUUUAACAUCACUUCAGUUUUCUAACUAGUUAGCCUUGGAAAUUAUUUCUGCAUGAAAACAAUUUUACAAAUUAAAAAUAUAGAUAGCUAUAGUGGUUUGUGCCAACCUUUAUACACAACACUCACAACAAGAGGCGUCAUCUCUACAUGAUAACACUUUUAGAGGUAUAGCGAAGUGAAAGUAAAAAUAAAUGAAGACAACAAAGUCACAGCUUCAUAGUGGAGAUCGUUCAGAUGAAGAUUUUUUUUUUUUUUUUGUAAUUGGAAACUUCACUAAAGUCCUCAGAGGAGCUCUCCUUCUAAAACCUUUAGCACUCAUCCAACACAAUACCCAUAAACUUGGCAGCUCUGGCAUCCCGUACCUCAUCAUCAACUGACGACCUACCAGGACUUCCACUAAGAUGAUAAUCACAAACAGGCUCUUGCUCUUUGCUGAGCUUCUAAUAUUUAGGAAAUAUAUAAUAUUUUCAGGGUUUUAGAAGUGAGGCCCUUCAGCUUUCCAUCCUGCACAGUAAAAAAAAACAAAACAAAACAAAAAAACUGUGAAGAAAUCAGAGCCCACUGAAAAAAGCGGGCCGGCUCAUGCUCUCCGGUCAUUCAGGAACCAUAAUCAUUAAGAAAAAUGGGUGUUCAUACGAGUUCUUAUGAGAUUUUAACUGAAAACAAAAUGACCUGGACACUGAAUUUCAAUAAAGCUGUGAUGUAAAGGUUUGUAAAAUGCUGUUGGCAGGAGCUACGGUUGCAUUUUUAAUUGAAGAUAUUUCAACAUGGCACAAAUCCAUUUUUUAUUUUCAAACUAUCAGACCAGUCUCAGUGUAUUCAAAGUAAGAAUAAAGAGAAACAGCAGCACCUACUGCAGGUAACAAUUACAAUUUAUAAAUCUGUUACCACUGCUACAAAACAUGCAAGAUUCUUUACAUGAAAUAUCAUUAUAUUGAAAGUUUUAAAAAAGGCUAAAAAAAACAAAAAAAAAAACAUAAGUCCUUCUACUGUAGUCGUUUAUUGAAGAAUGAGGAGAUUUUCAGCAUUCUUUAGACACUUGAUAAAAAUAUCCAGCUUGGCCCAAAGUUGUUCAUACCUUGGCAGAUUUGAGUUUAGGGUCAUCUUAAAUUCACCGACACUUUUCUACAGACUGAAAGUAGCGUCAGCGGACCCUGGCCAGGAUCCCAACUUUAAUCUGACAGAGAAUCUAUGGAGGGAGAUGCAGAUCAGUGUGACGGCAGCAGACUCGGAAAGCUGGAGCUCGUCACCAACGACAAAAUAAUCCAAACUCUGGUGGAAACAUGCAAAAAGCUUUACACGUGCUGAAAGACGCCAACAAAAAAAUAAAUAAAUAAAAAAAUCGAAAUCUACCAAAGUAUGAAUAACUAACAAAUUUGUGCAAUGACAAAAUGAUGUCACUAAAAACUCAUCACCCGCCUUUAGCUACGGGACACAAACAAGCGAGCGCUGCAGGACCUCCCCGGUGAAACGGCGCCUGUCUUUAGUUUGAAAACGAACAACUUCCCUGUUUGAUACAGAAGCUGUUUUCGUGCAUACUUGCAUGGGGUUUAUCGUCUCUCAUCAUUGCAAGUUAAAAAAAAAUAACAAUAAUCCUCCAAAGAGAUCAAAUUGCGUUCCAUUAAAGAGCUCAGACUUGUUGAGAGUCUGUCCACAGACCUCACCUCCUCCACCGCGCGGCGCACAGUGAUAAGGCGCCUGCAUAUGGACGCCUCCCAAAGGUAAUUUUGUGAUUAUUCGCUUCCCUUAUCAGGUAAACAGGUGUGCAGCUGGUCUGCGGUUUGUAAAUGUGCGGCGCCGCUGCAGGAACAACCAUUUGCAUGCGGCAUGUGGCAGACGGCGGUCUGUGGGCCGACUGAGCCGUCACGCAGCGCUGAUGGACGUACAGUAAAGUAGCCGGACGCCCACAACAAGGAAAAAAAUCCUGCCCGGCCAGAGUCCAUGCAAACUGGGCCUCACCACUUACCUGAGGUCGGAAAGGAUGCAAAUUAGAUGCUUUGAUAUAAAUCCUUGCGAGGGAAUUUCUGACUCAAAGGGCUUCACCUUUGACAGGAGAAUGCUUCACUUGCAGAUAAAACUACUAAUUUAAAAACUUUUAGAGUUAAAAGAAGUGGGAAACAAUUCAUCUGGAGCUUCAUUUCAGGUAAUAAAUAAAUAAAUAAAUUAGCAAACAUCCAUUGCCUUAUUGAAGCUUGAUUUGCAUGUUACUGUCUAAAUUUCAGAUUAAACCGUAAUGGAAGAGUUUAUCUAAACCUAUUUGGGUUUGUUUUCUGUAUUUCAAAAGCCAAAUAUGUUUUGUCCCGAGGCGCCCUCUCUGACAGUGACUGUGACCAAUUUUAUUCUGUCACACCAGUGAUGAAUCGUCUGGUUUGAAGUGUGUGAACCUAAUCACUAUUUUUUUUUUUUUUUUUCCUCCUUGUCAUCUCUCUGAACGCAGCGAAAUCGAGCCGCCGCAGAGUUUUCCCCCACCCAAACCCAAACAAAGACGCCUGACGCGGCGUUAUUGAAUUACUCUCAGGAGUUUACGGCUCCGAUGCGUUCUGUGCCGAGAUUCCCGACCCGUUCGGAAUGAGCAAAUUGGCCCUGUGGGUGCUGACGGGCCUGACGGCCGUCACCACCGUCUUCUUUAACGCCUACAUCUUUCUGAUGACUCUGUGGAACCAGACGGGGAAGAAGGACAGGAGUCCCAGCGAAACCAUCAUCAUGGCUCUGGCGGCGGCCGACGUCGCCUACCAGCUGAUGUGCUACGCCUGGAUGACCAUGGACCAGGUGGACAGCGACUGCCACAUGGUGGGGAUCUUCUACACCAUCCUGCUGGUGCUCAUCUCCAGCUUCAAGUUCACCAUCAUCUGGGACACGAGCUUCCUCACGUUCUACUACAGCACCAAGCUGGUCAGCACGCCCAACCACUGCUACACCCAGAUCCAAGCCGCCAUCCUCAAGCACGCCACCCUGGCGGUUUUCGUCAUCCCGCUGCUCGGCCUCGCCACCUGCACGCCGAUCCUGGUGGUGUUCCAAUUGGACAACCGCACCCAAUGGGAAACCAACGACAUGGACUGCGGGAUUCUGCUGCCGGAGUCUACCGUCGGACGGGCCUACGACGUGAUCUUCCUGCUGCUGUCGGACGUGCUGCCCGGGAUGGUCAUGCUGAAGUGCUGCAUCUCGAUCUCCGUCCACCUGGCCAUCCACCUGCGCCACAUGAAGGCCAGCACCAACGGCGCCCACCCGCCGAAGCUCGGCUCGGAGAUGAGAGUGGUCCAGAUGUCCUUGGCCCUGGCGGGGAACUUCCUGAUCUUCCUCGCCGUCGACCUGUACGUCAACUACGAGGUCGUGGUGAAACACGAGAACUCCCUGGCCAUCGCGCUCUUCAUCACGUCCGUCUACACGACCGUCACGGCCAUGCUCCUCAUCUACGGCAAGAAGACUCUGUGGAAGACGAUGAUACGCGACAUCAACACCUGCCUGGACGCAUAUCCGUGUUUGUCCUGCCUGAAGCUGCCCGAGCAAAAGGCUCCACCCGGCAGUCCUCCAAAGGUUAAAAAGUGAAAAUGCAGACGUUAUGCCACCUUUCUUGUACUUCUGUCACGUUACAAAGCAGCAAAUAACUACAAUUAUAGAUAGACAAGUAAAUUUGCU